CGCGCGCUGUAUGACUUCAUAGAAAUACAAGUCUUGUUACAAUCGCAUCAUCAUCUUCUCACUAAAGUGCCUUCGAUGCUUUCCUUCCUUCUCCUGCUACAUGUGGUCAAAUGAAGAUCGCUACGUCAUGGAUCGUACCUGACAUCACCACUUCCACAAGUACACAUCUAAGUACAUAAACAUGUCUGCAGUAGAUUUGAAAAAUAUACAACGCAAAACCACCAAUCUGAACAAGUCCCAAAAACCAUGGCAUCCCCAUUGACAAUAGUCGUCACCGGCUCCAACCGCGGAAUCGGCCAAGGCAUCAUCAACCUCCUAGCCAACACCCAACACCCGCAACCACUCCACAUCUACGCCACAUCCCGCGGCGGCGUAGACCUCAAAGUUCAAGCCAAAACCCCCAAUGAGAUACGCUACGCCAAACUUGACGUCUCAGACAAAUCAUCCAUAACCUCUUUUCUCAAAGCCGCGCUCAACGACAGCGGCAAAAUCGACGUCUUGAUCAACAACGCCGGCAUAAAUAACAACAACAACGAAACCCCCGAUGCCGCAGAACAAGUCAUCAAGGUGAACUAUCAUGGCACAAAACAAAUGUGCAGCCUCUUCCUCUCCGAAGGGAAAAUGUCCACCACCCCAAACGCCCGCAUAGUAAACGUCUCCAGCACUGCCUCCUCUCUAUCAAACUACCCCUCUUCUACUGCAUCUCGUUUCCGCUCCGCCACUUCUCUCUCAGAUGUCGACACUCUCGCCCAAGAAUACAUCGACUCCGUUAAAUCUUCAUCCCAAGAGUCCGCCGGGUUCGGCGCGCCCCCGAAAUCCUAUCAAGUCAGCAAAGCGCUGAUGAACGCGCUGACGGUCGUUCUAGCGCGGGAGAACGAGGGCGUGUUGGUAGAUUGCUGUUGUCCCGGUUGGGUGGAUAGUGAUAUGGGGAAUCAGAUUGGGAGACCGCCGAAGACGUUAGAGGAGGGGGCGAGGAUACCUGUAAGGCUGGGGAUUGGGCAGUUGGGGAGGGGUGGGGACAAAGACGGAGGGUUGGGCGAGAAAAGUGAGGCGGUUAGUGGACGGUAUUUUGGGAAUGAUGGGGUUACAGACCGGGGGUGGGGGAAGGUUAGGGAGUGGUAG